GAGCAGGAGGAGGAGGAGGAGGAGGAACAGGAGGAGGAAGCGUCCGCGCCCGCCCGCCGCAUGGACGUGGUCUGGCUGAAACGCGACGUCCGGCUGGUCGACCAUGCGCCGCUGUGGGAGGCCGCAACGGGGGGGCGGCCAUUCCGGAUGCUCUUCAUGUACGAGCCCGACCACUCGCUCACGAGUCGGUGCACGGCUCCCACCUGGCGUUCGUGGCGGAGGGCCUGGAGGAGACGUGGAGCGGCGCCUCCGCGCCGCCGCGGAGGCCGCCGAGCCCGCGGAGGCCGCGGAGCCCGGCCGCCGCUUCGUGACCGUGCGGCGCGGGGAGGCCACCGACGUGCUGGCCGCCCUGCACGCGGAGUCGCCGCUGGCCCGCCUGCUGUCGCACCAGGAGAGACGGAGCACGGCGCCUCCUUCGCGCGCGACCGCCGCGUGGCCCGGUGGUGCCGCGCGGAGGGCGUGCGCUGGGUGCAGCUGCCGCAGUCCGGCGUGGUGCGGGGCCUCGCGCACGGCGGCGGGCGGUGGCAGGCCGCCUGGCGGGCGCACCUGGAGGCGCACCUGCAGGAGGACGCGCUGCCAACCCGUUCGGCCUCGACCGCGGCGCCGCGCUGGGCCGGCUCCGGCGGCCCGCCGCCGGGGAGCCUGGGCCGGUCCCCGUCGGCGAGCUCGGCCUGCCCGCGGCCCAGGCGGGCGACCGCCCGGCGCGCCAAGGCGGGGGCGAGUCGCGCGCCGUGGAUAUUCUCUCGAGCUUCCUGGAGAGGAUCGGGCGGAGAAGUACUCGGGGGGCAUCUCCUCCCCGAACAGCUCCUGGACGGCGUGCAGCCGCCUGUCGCCCUACCUGGCCUGGGGGCACAUCUCGCUGCGGACGGUGUGGCAGAACGUGGAGGCACGGCGCCAGACCGCCCAGGGCAAGUGGAAGAGGUCGCUUGA